CGGUCAAUCCAUCGUUGACCAUCGCCGUCUCUUUCUAUAUAAACGCCCGCAGCCGAUCGCAAUCGUCUCUCGCACACCGAGAAUCCGCGCGAUUGCCCACUGCUGACUGCUCCUCCUCCUUCGCCACCAUUGCCUCCUCUCUCUCUCUCUCGUUCUCGCUCGCCGCCGGCGAGAGGGCGAAGCGCGGAGGCAUUUCCGGCCGAGCAGCCGCCGUCCCGAGCCGCCGCGGCUCCGCCCUCCUCCGACCCUUCCGAGUAGAUUGGGAUGGAUUCAUCCGGCUUAAUGGUACAGAAAUGUGAUGAUGACCAGAAAGGAUUGAAGGUUCUACUGGAUGCAUUUGGUUCUUUUUUUUCUCUGGAAGAGAUUGCUUCUGCUUACUGCAAUGCGGGCAGGAAUGCAGAUGAUGCAGGUUAUGUGUUGAGUGACAUGAAGGGAAGCUCCUUUGCAUCUACCACCAAUAGUACUAAUUGUGUUGGAGAAAGUGAAUCGUCUGAAGAACUUUCCUGUGGUAACUUUUCUGAGAAGUUGAUUCCGGCUGAUGGAAAUCCCAGAUCUUCAAAACAGAAGUGGCGUACUAUUUCUGUUGGUACUGUUUCAAGUGUUAUUGGUAAAGAUUAUGUCAGGUCUACAUCCUUGGCAAAUGGUUCUUGUAUGGCAGCACAACCUUCGAAACUGGACUCCAAGGUGUUGCCAGCAUCCGAGCUUUUAGGCCAAAAUUCCAAAAUGGAUGCUUCUAAGGAUGAUCAAAUGCACCAGGACGUGGAAGAUUUUCUGUUCAAAAUGCUAGGAGAUGGCUUUCAGCUCGAUAGGGAUAUCAUUCGAGAAGUUCUUGGUAAUUGUGGAUAUAAUAUGGAAAAGAGCAUGGACAAGCUAAUUGAUUUGUCAGCUUCAAUUUCAAGGAGAGGAAACAACUUUCUCGGCGAGUCUAAGAAGGAGGAACUUCAAAGUCAAAAAGAGAAGCAAAGUGUAGAUAAUUCAGAAGGUGUUCCAGGUACAUCUGGAGGUAAAUUAAAUAGACAGCAGAGACAGAGAAACAAUCUUGAAGAAGAAGUUCUGGCUGCAUUAUUCAAUAAUUCCGGAAGACAGACGAAAUCGUCUAGGGUAAAAGCUGUCAAGAGGUCUAAAGCAUAUGGUCAAGUGGUGGCUACACCUCUUCCAGAUUCUUUUCUACUUGACAGGAAUGAAAUAGUAGAUUUUCAACAAGAUAAUAAUGAGGAUGUAGAAAAGCUAGAUGAAGAGGGUAGCUACGAGGCUCUUCGUAAAGCUGUAGAGGAAUAUAGGGCUACAAUGAAGGAGUAUUAUAAGGCGGCCGUUGAAGCAUUUGCUAAGGGCGAUCGUGCUCGGGCAAGCAAACUUUUAGAACAGGGACGCUUCUUCUACAAAAAGGCUCGUGAAGUUGAUGAAGAGUCCUAUCAGAAGAUAUUUGAAACAAGAAACAAGGAUACAGCAGACUUUGUGUCGCUUGACUUGCAUAACCAUGAUGCCGAAGAGGCAAUACGUCUUCUUAAGCGCCACCUCUUGUCUCUGGCUGGCAUCCCAACAUUCAACUAUCUUAAAGUAAUCAUCGAAACAAAUGAAGAAGAUGCCUCAAAAGUGACUCGUAAGCGGCGGCUGGUUAUGAAAUUAUUGGAGAGGGGAUCGAUUCAGUGGACUGAAGAAGGAAAUGCUGGAGUAAUACUUAUUCCCCUGACUAAUAUAAAUCCAAAACUCUUGAGUUUUGCCAAAAAAUAGAUUUCUGCUUGGACUUCAGUUGGUUGCAGAAACACUUGGUUGCAGAAACACGGGAUGAAGUAAUUAUAUAAGUGAAAGAGGACUACGGUCUCUCUAUUUUACCAAGGGCCUCUCAUUAAGAGGGAUUAAAGUUGAAAUUCUUAAGCGUCAUUGGCGGCUGGCGCUUAAUUUUGGUCCUGUUUUCUAGGACACUGAUUGCUGUUUGUAUGUGUUGGUAGAAACCGAGUUAAGAGGUCUGCCAUUCACUUUUGUUUUCUUUUUCUCUAAGUUAAGGGAAUUGGAGGAUUAGAGUUCAAAUGAAGAUAUUGAGGAUGAUGUUGAAGUUUAUUCAUGUCACACGGUUCAAUCAAGGAAAAGAAAGGCAUUCUUCGUUUGCUAUCUUUCAUGUAGAUGAUCUUUUUAUUUUCUGGUGAAAAAUCUCGUGUUGAUGACUCGUGCCGUGCUCUCUAUAUGGAGCUUUAUGUAGUCCCUUUUUA